UUUACUUUUAACACGUGGAUAUUCAAGGAUGCAUUUUGUGAUGGCUGUGAGUCCUUUUGUUUUCGUGACUCUAUUUUUGUCACCAGUCGAAACCAAGUUCUACAGACCACUCCAGUUUAACCAGUAUAAAUCUGGGUAUAGUCAACACCAUGACCAAGGGAAACCCACCAGCAGACACAAGAACCACUGUGCCUAUGUGGUUGAAAAGACAGUGUCCUUCACCCUGCAGGAUGGGGCAGCCCCAUAUGUCAAAGCUGAGUACAACAAGUGUUCCUGGGGUCAAAAAUGUCCAACUCUUCAGUAUCAUCUGAUGUACAAACCAAUCUACAAGGUGGCACAUAAAACCGUCACAGAGCUGGAAUGGCGUUGUUGCCCCGGGUAUUCUGGUUAUGGCUGUAUGGAGGGACAUCCAGUUUACCAACACCCUAUGAAAAUGAUGCCACCAUUCAAGGGCCCACCAAUGAAAGGCCCACAAUUAAAGGGGCCACAGUUCAAGGGUCCACAGUACAAAGGUCCCAUGUUCAAGGGUCCCAUGUUCAAGGGCCCACCUAUUAACACUUUUGUGAAGGCCAACCCAUGGAGUCAACCCAAAGGACCUUCCACCGGCAGUUUUAACUCUUACCAAAUGGGCCACUUUGGGCCUCCGAGAACCUCCUCCUACCCAGACACCUCCUUCGAGCCUUAUCCGUCUGAGCCAGAGCCAAUGCCAGAGCACCAGGAACCACAUCACACAGAGCAUGACCAAGAACAUGAGCAUAGCCAAGGACCUGAGGAACAUAUACCAGAGGAAAUCCAUCAUCCUCCCUCUGGUGGUGACCAGCCCCAGGGCCCAGCUCUAGACAGCGAGACAGAGGAGCGAAUAUAUCGAAUGGAGGAGGAUGUGCGACGUCUAAACCAGGGUCUGGAGAUCCUGAGGGGAACUGUGAAUGGACUGGAAGAUAGUCUACGAGCCUCGCUGAGAGAGGACGCCAACAGGAUGCUGUCAGCUCUGCUCUCUGCUGCCCCUGGUCCUGUUCCUGCUCCAGUUGUAGCAUCUGGUCCAUCCACUGUAGGGUUUGUAGAGAUUCCUGGGGGAGACCCUGAGACAGAGGGUCUAGAUGGCAGACACGUGUUUCCAGGCCUUACAGAACUGAAUGGAAGGGUCGAGGAGCUCAGGACAGAGCUGCAAGCCAAAACAACAGAGCUACAGGAACUCAAAGCAACAGUGACGGGACAUGAUGAAGCACUGAAGAAGACGUUGAAUAGAACAGGGUUGGUAUCAGACUCCAAUGGCAAUCUUGGGGAAAAUGCCCAGAAAGCUAUGGAGAACUUGAUGGAUGCCAAGCUGAGUGCAGCCAGGACAGAAAUUCUUGGUGGGUUCGAGGAACGUGUAGAGAGUGCAGAGGGCCGAUGCAAGGAGAAAGCUGGGCAUUUGGGUGGUCAGUGUGAGAGGGAGAAAAGUCAGAGGCAGGAGCAGAUGGAGGAUGCUCUUGAGGUAAGUAACACACACUUAAGAACAGAGCUGAGAAACCUCAAGGCACAGAUCCAUGGUUUAAAGGCUACAGAGAGCUGCUCUGGUAGACUGAGUGGACUGGUUGAAAGGGUGCACAUGCUGGAAACAUCAGUGGCAGGCCUCAACCAGUCCCAGGGGCACCUGAGAGUGGAGCUGGGUGGACACAAGGACCACAUAGAGGGAAUGCUGGAGGGGCGUCUGGGGUAUGUAGAGGCCAAGCUCAACCUGACUGGGCAGAUUAAAAGUGAGGAGUCUGGAAGAAGGAGGAGUGUCACAGACUCAAAUGAGACAGGACAGGGCAUGGAGGCCAGAAUGGAGGGUAAAAUGAGGGAUCUGGAAGACCGUUUACUGACGGCUUUAGAGGAGCUGGGUAAUGUCACUGCCCCUGCACUGCUGGAGGGUCAUGCUGUUCCCACUCUGGAGACAGAGCUGGAAUCUCUCCGAGGGAGACUAGAAGUGGAUGUGGACAGAGUGCAGAAGCACCUGAGCAACCUUGAGAUUCUCUGCUCCUCUUCCUGUUCCUCACCUCAAAACCCAUCUGCUUUCCUGGGAGACUCUGCUGUGCCAAGUGCUAACCUGGCAGAGCAGCAGAAUGUGAAGGAGGCACUAAACAUGCAAAGUGACCAAUUAAAUAGCCUCAACGUAACACUGCAGAACAUCCUGAGUCGUCUGACCCUCAGGGACCAGCAGAAACAAGCAGAGGGAGAGUAUCCCAUCCAGGGAGAGCUCACAAUCCUUAAGUUCAAUGUCCGCUCAGUCAACCACACCCUCAAAGGCCUCCAGGAUUCUCUGGGGACAAUGGUCCACCAGGUGGGUCAAGCCAACAGCUCCUGGCAUGAGAGAGAGGCUCGUCUGGCCCAGCAGAUGAAGGGCGUGGUGCAGCUGGUUGGGCAUCAGGCUUCCAUGCUCGGGGCAGGUGAGCGCAGACUGAUCCGAGUUAAAGGUGAGCUGCAGGAGAUGAAGAGACGACUAGCCGAUGAGGUCCGGGGCUGCCGGAGCACAGCUAUGGGGGUCCAGAAAGAGGUAACUGAGGUUGGAGGGCGUGUUACCAGUGUGGAGGACCAGUGUAAGGGCCUGAAUAACUUGGCAGAGGACCUGGAGAAAAUCAGGGAGGAGCUGGAGAGACAAUCGAAUGGGCUUCUCGUGCAAGUCAAUGGGACUCUCUCCAGCCAUGCUCAGCAGCUGUCGGAGCUGAGAGGCGGACUCAGAAACUGCACUUCCCAGGUAGAGCCAACACAACAGAGUUUGGAGCCAGAGCUGAGACGAGGGGACACCUUCACUUUGAAUUAGUUUAGUUCAUAUGGACAAUACUUUUAAAAAAUGAAUGAAAGAGGGGAAAUACUCUGCAGGUUUAGUAGGGGUCUACUAAACCUCAUCUUAUUAUCUGAAAAAAAUACAAUGGUUUUGAACCUGCACUGAAAUAAUGGGUUUAGUUAGCUUACAUUAUAAAUUGAAAACAAAAAUGGCAGCUAAUUCCAACUGUAUUAAUAACACAGACACGUGAAAUUGAAUCACGAAGGUGCUAAAAUGAAAUCUUUGUUUUAAUGGACCUUUAUUUAGAGCAUCAGAGAUUGAGGAAGAGAAAAACAACUGUAGAGCUUUCUGUAGGUUUCUGUAGAGCUUACAUAGAAAUUAUUGUAUGUAACGGUUGUUUACCAAUGUUUACAAGUUUAAGUUUUUGUAUUGAUUUUUCUUAUGUCUAGACUAGAAGUAUACGAAAUAUGUUUUUAUAUGAUUUCAGUUCUUGA